AUGUCUGUCAGUCCGACAUCAGUGGGCUUGUUGCCUACUCGUCUCCGUAACUUCUUUGCUCGCUACCCGCCUCAAAUCUACUCCGCUAUCGUUGCGUCGCGUCCGACCCCCCCGGAGACCACCCCCGAACAAACCCUUCCCUCGCCCUACACCCCCGAUCGUGAUGCCAAGGGUGCCCACCGCGAGAACAAGGAAGAGUCCUCCGCGCGGGCUCUUCUUCAGAAUGACCCUAAGAUUCGCAACCCAUUCCUGCCCCGGAAGAUCUUCAACGCCGGAAAGCAGAAGUGGAUUGGGCCGCGUUAUGGCCUGCGGCAGCAGGCUGACCUAGUGAAGCUGGCUAUCAAGUACAAUGUCGAGCCUCUUCUCCCUCCCAGCAUCAAGUCCACGGAGUACAAGGCUGCUCGCUUGGCAGAGCGUGGUUUGCGCAUCAAGGGAACCGGUAUCGGCCAGAAGGUCAAGGGUCACAAGUGGGAGCGCACUAUGGAGGCUCGCCUCGAGGACCGUCGCAAGGCUAUGGUGGAUAUGCCAGAGAUGAUUCGGCAGUGGAAGCAGAGAGGUCACGGUCGUGGCUGGAGACAGUGGCCCAAGCGGUAA